AUGCUCCGCUGCACCGCACGCGCCACCGCACCCGCACUGCGCCAGGCCGCUCCUCGCCGCCUCGCCUCAUCCUCAUCAGCGCAGGUCAAGCGCACGGCACUGUACGACUUUCACAAGCAGCAUGGCGCAAAGCUCGUCGAGUUUGCCGGGUGGGAGAUGCCGCUCGUGUACGAGGGCAAGGACACGAGCAGGGUCGCGGGCGGCGCAGUUGCCGAGCACCACCAGGUCCGCAACUCGGCGGGCCUGUUCGACGUCGGGCACAUGGUCCAGUCGAUCUUCGAGGGCCCCGGUGCCCUCCCCUUCCUCUCGCACCUCCUCCCAGCCUCGCUCUCGUCCCUCACGCUCCCCGGCGAGGACGCCCACCGCCCGUUCGGCUCAACCCUGAGCGUCCUGCUCAACGACGAGGGCGGCAUCAUCGACGACUGCAUGAUCACGCGGUGGGGCGAGCAGUCGUUCUACCUCGUCACGAAUGCCGGUCGCUCGGACGUCGACAUUCCGUGGAUCGAGAAGCACGUCGACGAGUGGAACGCGGCGCACGAGGACAAGGUCGCGUUCAAGGUCAUGCCCGACAACGCUCUCGUCGCUCUUCAAGGCCCCAAGGCCCACGUCGCCCUGCAACGCCUCCUCCCCUCGGACCUCUCGCUCCAGAAGCUCCUCACCUUCGGCCAGUCGCUCCACCUCUCGAUCCCUUCUCUCUCGUCGUCGUCCGGCACGGUCCACAUCGCGCGCGGCGGCUACACAGGCGAGGACGGGUUCGAGAUCUCGGUCCCGAACGCGCACGCGGCCGACUUUGCCGGCAUGCUCGUCGAGCAGGACGAGGUCAAGCUCGCCGGCUUGGCGGCGCGCGACAGCCUGCGGCUCGAGGCGGGACUGUGCCUGUACGGGCACGACCUCGACGAGUCGGUCGGCGUCGGCGAGGCGGGCCUCGCGUGGGUCGUCGGCAAGGACCGUCGCACGCCCGGCGCCUUUAUCGGCAGCGAGCGCACGCUCGCCGAGCUCAAGAAGGGCGGCACGACGCGCAAGCGCGUCGGCCUCGUCGUCGAGAAGGGCGCGUCCGCGCGCGAGGGCUCGCCCAUCUUUGACCCGGCGCACCGGGACGGCCCGCCGAUCGGCCGCGUCACGUCGGGAUUGCCUGCGCCGACCGUCGGGAGCAACAUCUCGAUGGCGUACGUCGAGACCAAGGGCGGGCUCAACAAGAAGGGGACCGAGGUCCUCGUCGAGGUGAGGAAGAAGCUGCGCAAGGCGCAGGUCGUCGGCAUGCCGUGGAUCAAGACGGGCUACUACCGGGGCGAGUGAGCGGGCGGCGAUCUCUUUCUCUUCUCUCGAGACGGCGCACGAGACGGAUCGGGGUUCUAGUUCCGGGUCGUUGCAGUUCAAGCAGUGCUACGUCAACUUGGCCUUGGCCUUCUCGAGCUUGGCCUUUGCCUC